ACAUGCAACACUAUAAAAAGUAACAUGCAACACUAUAAAAAGUGAUUUUGCGAUUGCAAUAAGUCACAACACUCGCGACACGGAAGCAAAAAUAAAAUAAAAUGGGUGAGAUAGAGAUUCCAAGGAACUUGAAGGACGAAAAUGAAGACCUAAGUGAAAGUUUGAUCUCUUCACUUCCUUCAGACAGAGAUUGCUCUGGGACCAAGUUGUUCAAGUACCAAGGAUGUUGGUACGACAAAGACAUUCUCCAAGCAAUCCUCAAUUACAACAAGAGCUUUCAGCCACAAGAAACCGAUAUAAUUGUUGCUUCUUUCCCCAAAUCAGGUACGACUUGGCUCAAGGCACUCACAUUCGCACUAGCUCAAAGAUCAAAACACCCUUCAGACCAUCAUCCUCUGCUAAGUCACAAUCCUCAUGAGCUAGUGCCGUACCUCGAGCUAGAUCUGUAUCUCAAAAGCUCGAAACCGGAUUUGACCAAGUUACCAUCAUCAUAUCCGAGAUUGUUCUCAACUCACAUGUCGUUCGAUGCGCUUCAAGUACCCUUGAAGGAGUCUCCUUGCAAGAUUGUGUACGUGUGCAGGAACGUGAAAGACGUGUUGGUAUCACUUUGGUGUUUCGAAAACUCCAUGAGUGGAGAAAGCAAUGUAAGUCUCGAGGCUUUGUUCGAGUCUUUCUGUAGCGGAGUUAGCUUAUGCGGUCCCUUAUGGGAAAAUGUCUUAAGCUAUUGGAGAGGAAGCUUAGAUGAUCCUAAGCAGGUUCUUUUAUUGAGGUACGAGGAGUUGAAAACGGAGCCUCGUGAGCAAAUCAAGAAACUUGCUCAGUUCUUGGAUUGUCCAUUCACAAAGGAAGAAGAAGACAACGGAGGUGUAGACAAGAUCUUGGAACUUUGCUCUCUAAGAAACCUGAGCGGUUUGGAGAUCAACAAAACAGGAAAAUUGUCGGAAGGAGUAAGUUUCAAGAGCUUUUUCCGUAAAGGGGAAGUCGGUGAUUGGAAGAGUUAUAUGACUCCUGAAAUGGAGAAAAAAAUCGACAUGAUUGUUGAGGAGAAACUUCAAGGUUCUGGUUUGAAAUUGUAGAGUUUAUAUCUCUACAUAUGUGUGGAACAGGUUUAAUUAAUCUCAAACCUAAUAAUUAAUGCCGGUUUGUUCUUUUCUUGAAUGCAAUGUAAUAGAAGUUACUUUGCUCCUUCGAUGUGUAAGGUUAAGAGUUUAAAAUUGUGAGUUUUUGUUUCCUUUGAUCAAUAAAGCAAAUUUCUC